GCUGCUGCUCCACGCAGCCUGGUGAUGGAGAGAUUAUUUCUGAGCCAUUCCCAUUCCCCCCCACCCCCGCCCCCGCCUCUCUUGCAGGACCACGCCGGCUGUCCCUGUGGGGCUCUGAGCGCAGAGCCCAGCCCGCUGGCUCCCUCCCAGCACGAACCCCGCGGACUCUCACCUCUCCCGGGGAGAAGGGGCUUCCCGGGGAGAAGGGGCUUCCCGCUGCCCCAGGGCUGUUCCGCAGCUGCUGGAGAGAGAUGCGGAAUGAAUGUACUUUCAGGAAGAGGCAAGGGAAGAGAGCUUGGAAACUAACUCUGCCAGAAACUGCCGUGUUUGGAAUUUUUCUUUUCUUCUGCUGCAUCUCCACCGCGAGCCCAUCUCUCCCCUGGCCGUCGAGACGCGGGCUCCCCCGGCCCGGCAGAGAAACAGCUGGAAAAGGGCUCCCUGAGACAGGAGGGCCAUCUCCGGCGAUGCCCACCCCCUUCCGAGCCAGGGGCCUGCCUCCCGGACACCUGCGCCGGGGCUCCUGCAGCCCCCUGAGCCAGCUCCUGCCCGGCCGCCUGCCGCGGCCCGCCGCCAAGGGGCUGUACUACCGGAGGGCUCGCAGGGUGGGCGCCCUGGACGCGUCCCCGGCCGCCGACCUGAAGAAGGAGAUCCUGGUCAACGUCGGGGGCAGGCGGUACGUGCUCCCCUGGAGCACCCUGGACGAAUUCCCGCUGAGCCGCCUGAGCAGGCUCCGGCUGUGCCGCAGCCACGAGGAGAUCGCGCAGCUCUGCGACGACUACGACGACAACCAGGAGUUCUUCUUCGACCGCAGCCCCAGCGCCUUCGGCAUGAUCGUGAGCUUCCUGGCGGCCGGCAGGCUGGCGCUGCUGCGGGAGACGUGCGUGCUGUCCUUCCGGGAGGAGCUGGCCUACUGGGGCAUCGAGGAGGCGCGCCUGGAGAAGUGCUGCCUGCGCGAGCUGCUGCGCAGGCUGGAGGAGCUGGCCGAGCUGCGGCAGCAGGAGACGCUGCACCUGCGGCGGGAGGCGCGGCGCCCCGCCGGGGACCCCUCGCGCUGGGGGGUCUUCAUGCACUGGCUGCGCGAGACGGUGGAAAACCCGCGCUCGGGGCUCCCGGGCAAGGUCUUCGCUUGUCUGUCCAUCCUCUUCGUGGCCACCACCGCGGUCAGCCUGUGCGUCAGCACCGUGCCCGAGCUGAGGGCGGAGGAGGACAAGGGUGAGUGCUCGCAGAAGUGCUACUACAUUUUCAUCGUGGAGACGGUCUGCGUGGCCUGGUUCUCCCUGGAGUUCUGUCUGCGCUUCGUGCAGGCCCGGGACAAGUGCCAGUUCUUCCAGGGGCCCCUGAACAUCAUCGACAUCCUGGCCAUCUCCCCGUACUACGUGUCGCUGGCCGUGUCCGGCGAGCCCCGGGAGGACGGCGAGCGGCCCGGCGGGGGCUCGUACCUGGAGAAGGUGGGGCUGGCGCUCCGCGUGCUGCGCGCCCUGCGCAUCCUCUAUGUCAUGCGGCUGGCGCGCCACUCGCUGGGGCUGCAGACGCUGGGCCUCACGGUGCGCCGCUGCACGCGCGAGUUCGGCCUCCUCCUCCUCUUCCUCUGCGUGGCCGUGACCCUCUUCUCCCCGCUGGUCUACGUGGCGGAGAACGAGUCCGGCCGGGUCCUGGAGUUCACCAGCAUCCCGGCCUCCUACUGGUGGGCCGUCAUCUCCAUGACGACGGUGGGCUACGGGGACAUGGUCCCGCGCAGCGUGCCGGGCCAGAUGGUGGCCCUCAGCAGCAUCCUGAGUGGGAUCCUCAUCAUGGCCUUCCCGGCCACGUCCAUCUUCCACACCUUCUCGCACUCCUACCUGGAGCUCAAGAAGGAGCAGGAGCGGCUCCGCGCGCGCCUCCGCCACCUGCAAACGGCCGCCUCCGCCAGCGAACACGAGCUUCUGAGUGACGUGGACGACCCGACCCCCGAGGGACCCGCCUUGCCCGCCAAAUACGUUUAACUCAAAACCCGUGGUGAAAAGGGCAGGACCCGCAAGCCACCCCCCACGGGGCUGGAGAACUCCGGGUGUAGACCACCCGCUGGGAUGUUUCUAGGGCCCCGGGGGCACUUUCCAAGCUAGGAGGGGCUCGAGGCCGCGGGUGUUUGCUUGUUGGGAUUCUUGACCCCACUGGCCACCACGGUUCCUGCUGACCUUACUGAGGCUCCUUGCUUUUUCCUCUCUCUGUGCCCAUCACCCAGCACAUCCACUCUUUCUGUUAGCUCAGCCGUCCUCCACUCUUCUUCCUCCCCUGAGGUCUCCCAUACCCCAGGCUGGGGUCCAGACACCCAUAAAACUGAGCCUACAGAACUCCAUUCCUCCCCGAGUCUCUCUUUCCAGGGCCACCCUACCACCAGGAGCUGGAGGGGUGAGUCACUGCAAACCCUUCUGAUCAGAUCUCCCCACCCAACCCCAUAUCAUGGGUUCCAACAGAGAUCAAUAUGUCCUCUUUCCACUCCCCAUGGCCAAUGGCAUUUUCCUAAUGCCGUUCCCUCCUCCCUGGCUCUGGAAGCUCUCAGCCAAGAAGGCAGAACUGACCUCUGUGUUAAACCCCACAUUGGGAGCCCAUGCCCAUUCCUCCUAAUGGGCCUGGGACCUGGGCAGGAUUGCCCCUUGCCUGCACAGCCGGCCCUCCUUGCCCAACUGGACUCUUGGUAGGAAACAUUCUCCACUUAUCCAGUUCUUAGCCUUGACUGAGGCUAACCCUUGCAGGGCACUGCAUCGGCCCUUGAGAGAACCGUUCCUGCGGCUGGCUUCUCCAGCCCUGCCGAGACCUUGGCUUUCCGCUCUCAGCUAUGCCACCGCAGAUGCAGGAGAGCUUCAAUGCCGACAUGGGGGCGGCCUUGGGGUCUGCCCCUUGCUGCCUCUCCAGACCAGUCCCUUGUUGCCAGAGGGUAAUUCCUCCACUGACACUGAAAUAGGUUUCUCUAGUAAUCUGUUGGUUCAUGGACAGAUUCAGCCCUUUGCAGCCAAUGAGGAAGCAGGUGCAGGACCAAGUUGUUCAAGAUAAAGGCAGUGAGACCAGAGCAAUGACUCCUGAGAUGGAGACCCAUGAGGAGGGAUGUUUGGGGAGCUGAAGCUGGAGAGGGGGUAGGGAUGGGAAGGUGGUGGGCUGUGCGGGCUGAGUGGAGGAUCUGGGCAUUCUGGUGGAUGCUGGAAGAUGUGGUGAUGUGGCCGGACUACAGAUGAUGCCCCCCGCAGCAUACAGGGACACCAGCGUGAGGCAGAUACUGGGCAGCUCAGACAGGCUACAAGGGGCUCCCCCCCUCGUAUUACUAGAAAUCCAGUACAGGAGGUGGCCUGGGUCACAAGUGCUGAGGCAGUCAGGGAUAGGCAGAUCUGAUGUGGUUUGUGUGUGAGCAUGUCAGUGUUUCAUCCCUGGGGACCACUUACCCACUCUUCAUUCAUUCCGCCAGUAUUUAGCACAGGCCUGCUAAGUGCCAGGUUCAUGCCUCCCUCGGACUGUAAUACCAGGCAGCGUUCCGGCAGCUCGGGCCCCGGGGAGCAGCCCGCACCAGUGUCUAGCCGCAAGCUCGCCUUAUCUUAUGGGCAGCCCUCAUUCCCUUUCACUCCCCUGGGUGCCCUCCCAGCCGAGGGAGGGGUACAUGUCUCCAUCCCCCCAGCCCCCAAAAUCGACGGGCUGACCCCAUUCCUUCCCACGCUGACGUUUCACCAAGGAAGCUCUUUGCACAGUGGCCCGGUGGUCACACGCAAGGGAAGCCCUUACCCCUUAUAAAAUUCCCACCCCGUGCCACCUGCCCCGGGAAGUGAAUAGCAGAGUCACUCUGAGCUUCGGUUGUUCGGGACCUAGGUGCUCACUCACGCCCAGAUUUUCACUCUCUGUGUGCCCUUGGCUCCUUUCCUUCUGUCAAGUGUGGGGCUUUGGCUAGAUCGGUGAUUUUCUGGCUGGGGCUCCAGCAAGACCUUCGGGGCUGCUCUGUGGGUAGAGGGCUCUGCGUCGUAAGGUAAAACCUUUGCAGGCAAUGCUUUUGAAAAGAAUGUGAGAAUUUCUAGACACUCUCCCACCUCCAGUCAGGGUCCCUUGGACAGAUGUGGAGAUCUCACCCCAGAACCAAGGAACAAGCCUGGACGGCCAGUGGAAGACCCCACAGCUGGCCCUCCCUCUUCUGAUUGGAGGCCUUUUUCCCGUGCCGCGUGCCUGUGCCCGUCCUGGGGUGGCUCCCGCCCGGGCAUCUGCUUCUCCUCUGGUUCCCAUCCCAGCCGUCUGAACAACAGCGGGCCAGGACUGGAAGAAGCCUAGGUGAGCGCAGAGCCAACGUUAUGACACAAUUGUGUCUUAA